AUGGUGAAGGUGACGUUCAACUCGGCUCUGGCCCAGAAGGAGGCCAAGAAGGACGAGCCCAAGAGCGGCGAGGAGGCGCUCAUCAUACCCCCAGACGCGGUCGCGGUGGACUGCAAGGACCCAGAUGAAGUGAUACCAGUUGGCCAAAGAAGAGCCUGGUGUUGGUGCAUGUGCUUUGGAUUAGCAUUCAUGCUUGCAGGUGUCAUUCUAGGAGGAGCAUACCUGUACAAAUAUUUUGCACUUCAACCAGACGACGUGUACUACUGUGGAAUAAAGUACAUCAAAGAUGAUGUCAUCCUAAAUGAGCCUUCUGCAGAUGCCCCAGCUGCUCGCUACCAGACAAUUGAGGAGAAUAUUAAGAUCUUUGAGGAAGAUGAGGUUGAAUUCAUCAGUGUGCCUGUCCCAGAGUUUGGAGAUAGUGAUCCUGCUAACAUUGUUCAUGAUUUUAACAAGAAACUCACAGCCUAUUUAGAUCUUAACCUGGAUAAGUGCUAUGUGAUUCCUCUGAACACUUCCAUUGUUAUGCCACCUAGAAACCUACUGGAGUUACUUAUUAACAUAAAGGCUGGAACCUAUUUGCCUCAGUCAUAUUUGAUUCAUGAACACAUGGUUAUUACCGAUCGCAUUGAAAACAUUGAUAACCUGGGUUUCUUUAUUUAUCGACUGUGUCAUGACAAGGAAACUUACAAAUUGCAACGCAGAGAAACCAUUAAAGGUAUUCAGAAACGUGAAGCCAGCAAUUGUGUUACAAUUCGGCAUUUUGAAAACAAAUUUGCUGUGGAGACUUUAAUUUGUUCUUGAACAAUCAAGAAAAACAUUAUGGAAAAAAAUUUAAUACAGCAUAACCCCCACCCUUUGUAUUUUGUGCAGUGAUUAUUUUUUAAAAUCUUCUUUCAUGUAAGUAGCAAACAGGGCUUCACUACCUUUUCAUCUCAUUAAUUCAAUUAAAACUAUUAUCUUUUAAAAAUCUUUUGUUCUUUCCAAGUGUGGUGUCUUUUAUCUUGAAUUAGUAGUUGUAGGAAGUCAUAGAUAAUAGUACACUUCGCCAUAAAGCUUAGGUGUUACAAAGAAUUUAAAUUUCUUUAAAUCAUUUAUCCAGAUUUUUAUGUUUUAAUUAUGCAUUUCAAAAGGGGGGUUAUCUAAACAAUAAGCAUUUAUACGUAUAUGACUUAUUUGUAGUUGUUAGUUGCCCUGCUGUUUAGUUUGUUAGAGCAUUUGUGCACACAUUUUAAUUUUCCUGUAAUUAAAAUGUGCAUUAUUUUCAGUGUUAUAUUUAACUAUUUAGAGUAUGAUUUUUCACCUCAGUGUUUUAAUUAUCCUAGGCAUCUACUGUAAUAAUACUUUAGAGAAUGUUUGGAAUUUAAGAAAUAACUUGUGUUACUAAUUUGUAUAACCCAUACCUGUACAAUGGAAUAUAAAUAUCACAAAGUUGUUUGACUGAA